GGGACGGAAAGGCCGGAGAAACUAGUUUGUCGGCGGUUCGGCGGCGGGAGCGCGUCCGGGCUGAGGCGAGCCGGCUGAGGGGCGGCGGCGGGCGGAGAGCUGAGAGCUCGCGGGGACGACCGGGGCUUUGUGAGCGCGGCGGGCGGCGGCGCCCCGUCGUGCACCAUGUCGGUCAGCGUCCAUGAGACCCGCAAGUCGCGGAGCAGCACGGGCUCCAUGAACAUCACCCUCUUCCACAAGGCCUCGCACCCCGACUCUGUGCUGGCCCAGCUCAACACACUGCGCAAGCAGCGCAUGUUCACCGACGUCACGCUCUGGGCUGGGGACCGCGCCUUCCCCUGCCACCGCGCUGUGCUGGCUGCCUCCAGUCGCUACUUCGAGGCCAUGUUCAGCCAUGGCCUGCGGGAGAGCCGGGAUGACACCGUCAACUUCCAGGACAACCUGCACCCCGAGGUGCUGGAGCUGCUGCUGGACUUCGCCUACUCCUCCCGCAUUGCCAUCAACGAGGAGAACGCCGAGUCGCUGCUGGAGGCAAGUGACAUGCUGCAGUUCCAUGACGUGCGGGACGCAGCCGCCGAGUUCCUGGAGAAGAACCUGGGCCCCUCCAACUGCCUGGGCAUGAUGCUGCUGUCAGAUGCGCACCAGUGCCGCCGGCUGUAUGAGUUCUCCUGGCGCAUGUGCCUGGAGCACUUCGAGACGGUGCGGCAGAGUGAGGACUUCAACAGUCUGUCCAAGGACACGCUGCUGGACCUCAUCUCCAGCGACGAGCUUGAGACCGAGGACGAGCGGGCCGUCUUCGAGGCCGUCCUGCAGUGGGUAAAGCAUGACCUCGAGCAGCGCAGGGCCCACCUGCCCAUGCUCCUGCGCGGUGUGCGGCUGGCCCUGCUGCCGUCCGACUGCCUGAAAGAGGUGGUCUCCGGUGAGGCCCUGCUCACGGCCGACGAGCGCACGCGGCUCAUCGUGGACGAGGCCCUGCGCUGCAAGGCCAGGAUCCUGCAGAACGAUGGCGUGGUUACCAGCCUCUGCGCUCGGCCCCGCAAGGCGGGCCACACGCUGCUCAUCCUGGGGGGCCAGACCUUCAUGUGCGACAAGAUCUACCAGGUGGACCGAAAGGCCAAGGAGAUCAUCCCCAAGGCAGACCUGCCCAGCCCCCGGAAGGAGUUCAGCGCCUCAGCCAUCGGCUGCAAGGUCUAUGUGACUGGGGGCAGGGGCUCUGAGAACGGGGUGUCCAAGGACGUCUGGGUGUAUGACACUGGCCACGAGGAGUGGUCCAAGGCAGCGCCCAUGCUGAUUGCCCGCUUCGGCCACGGCUCGGCUGAGCUGGAGAACUGUCUCUAUGUGGUGGGGGGCCACACGUCCCUGGCAGGCGUCUUCCCAGCCUCCCCGUCCAUCUCUCUGAAGCAGGUGGAGAAGUACGACCCCGGGGCCAACAAGUGGACCAUGGUGGCCCCCCUGAGGGAUGGUGUCAGCAAUGCCGCUGUGGUGAGCGCCAAGCUGAAGCUCUUCGUUUUCGGCGGCACCAGCAUCCACCGAGACAUGGCGUCCAAAGUCCAGUGCUACGACCCCUCCGAGAACUGGUGGACGAUCAUGGCCGAGUGCCCCCAGCCUUGGCGGUACACGGCCGCCGCUGCCCUGGGCAGCCAGAUCUUCAUCAUGGGCGGUGACACGGAAUUCACAGCCGCCUCGGCCUACCGCUUUGACUGCGAGACCAGCCAGUGGACGCGGAUCGGGGACAUGACCGCCAAGCGCAUGUCCUGCCAUGCCCUGGCUUCGGGCAACAAGCUCUACGUGGUGGGGGGGUACUUUGGGACUCAGAGGUGUAAGACCCUGGACUGCUACGACCCCACCUCAGACACCUGGAACUGCAUCACCACCGUGCCCUACUCGCUCAUCCCCACGGCCUUCGUCAGCACCUGGAAGCACCUGCCGGCCUGAGGACACCUGCAGAGCCAGCCAGACUCUGCGUCUCUCCCACCCCUCGGCUCACACCGACCCGGAGUGCCUGGUCCUGGCUGCCUGGCGGAAGCUCGUCUGCCCCGUCACCUCUCCAGGGGCCGGAAGCCGACUGCCCCCGCUCUGCUGGUGGACGCCUCAGCUCCCGCGCUUUAGACACGAGGAACAAAGCUGUGUCCCGCACCUGUGCCUCGGGGCCUCUCCAGCUUCGUGUGUUUUGCACAGGGCGAGGAGCAGCGAGAAAGCCGUGGGCUGCCCCCCGGCUUCAGGGAGGAACGUGUGCAGAGCCCCGAGGUCGCCUGUGUCGUCAAGUCCUGAGCUGGGCCAGGGGCAGAGGAGAGGGGUCUGGGUGGGGCUAGGCCAGGUGGGUGGCGCGGUUGGGCUCUGGGCCCUGGGCCCUGGCACAGAGCCUCUGAUUCGCGGGCUUCCCUGUGGGAGGCUUUAGUGUCACCGGACAGGCGGGGUCUGGGCCUCAGGGAAACAGGGUCUGCCAGGCUGAGAGCAGCUGGUCGUCAAGGAGAAAACUGAGGACAGAUUUUGGGGGCCACAACAGGGUGACCUUACUGAUACCACCAGAUUUCAUUAACAAGUGUACCCAGACCCCCAAAUCCAGAGAGCAGGUCUGGACCCCAGAGGCCCAUCCCAUCCCACAGAGGACCCAGUUCUGUGGUGCUGCGCUAGGUGUGGGACAGAUGCUUCCGCCCGAGGACCCAGGGACUGGGGCCACUCAGCAGAGGAGCUCUCAGGGCCACCCUGUCUCUUCGCCUCCUCAGAGUCCACCCUAAGGGGCAGCGGUGACCGCGUCUCCUAACAGCAUCUCCCAGUCAGCAGCGGGCGCUCCAUCCCGCCACUCCGCAAGACAGGGCAGGCCUGGGGUGGAGCCGUGUCUGUGGGGAGCAGCGGGCGGCGCCUGCCAUCCUCCCUGCCAUCUUGGUCUUCAGCUGGUAGCACUGGUUCCUGCCCAGUUUGUUCCCUGUGCUCAGAAAGUAACAACAGUCUCGAGGGCCCAUGGCCACCUCCGCUGGCAUCCCAGAUCCCUUGUUGGGGUGUCCUCAGCAUGCUGCUCACCUGCCACUGGGCACCUCACAGCUGUGGCGGGGCCCCAGCUUACCCCUUGUUCACCGCGCCUGCCGUCUGAGCGGGCUGCUGGGCCCCCUGUGGUGGAUCGAGCUGCCUGCUGGCCCAGCACCAGAGUUGCAAAGUGGACCGCAGUGUUCCUAGAGGUUCGGGGCCACUGUAUGAACCACUCGCUUCUUCAGCCACCUGUGUCCCCACCCCUCAGCACUGGCGCUAGCCUUGCGGGUGUCUGGAAGGGAGAGGAACCGGGCUGGGCUGGGCCUGCUGAAGGAGGGCUGCCGCUUGGGCCCUUCAGCCGCACAGCCUGCAGGAGGUGGCCCCCGCGUGGAUGCUUAGUUGAGAUAAGCACACUUCACAUAGCACAAAGGACCUGGCUAUGGUGCUUUACCCACGCUGUGUGGCUCUUACCAAGUUUUCUAACUUAAUAAAAAGACUUGAGCAAAUCCUCG